GCAAACUUUGUGAUAAAAACAGCUUUCAUAUUACGCCGCUAGAUGGCAGCGCUGAAAGCCGCUUUGAGCAACUAUUAUCUGUACGUUUGGCAACUAGGGCUGAUACACAAUUGCCCGAAGCAGCGUUCACAAUCAUUAACAUUAGCCUCAGCGCGAAAGACGACCAUCUAACAUUAGAAACAAAACAAAGCUUAAUGAGAUCGGCUGAACAAGGCUUUGCCUUUACGCUCGCGUGGAUCCCGGGACACUCUGGGAUACAAGGCAACGAGACUGCGGACUGGCUUGCUAACUUUGGCCGCUCAUUAACACACUCCCAAAACGAGAAAAUUACCUCUGCAGACUUAGAACCGACAAUUAAAACAAUGAUCGCGACAGAAAACAAUCUAGAAUGGAGUGAGAUUUGUAAUAAAGGUAAAUGGUAUAAAGAAAUCAUCGAAAACUUUCCAAAACAACGUCUUAUAAACGAAUUUGGCUACCUAAUAAAACGUCAUUUCACAAUAAUAGCUAGGCUCCGAGCAGGGCAGUGCAAAACGAGGGCCCACCUUCACAGGAUGGGACUCACCGAGGACCCAUACUGUGAAUGUGGACAAAUCGACAGCAUUACACACUGUAUAUUAGAAUGCCCCAUUAAUAACAGUAAUAAAUUAUACACAGACCUUACAAGAUCCGGCAUAACAACGCCGGCCAGAAUGACCACAAUUUUAAAGGAAAUCAAUUCUACAAAUGUUAAACAAAUUAUCAAAUUCAUUGAGACCAACAAUAUAAUUGUGUGAGCUUAGCUUAUGUAGUGAAACGUGCCUUAGUAGAUGUAGAAAGGCAAUAAUAGUAUGGGCUGAGGGAUAAAUGUCUGUUGGCAGUAGAGGGAACCUCUUUAACCUUUGUUUUGCUUGGUUUGUUUUUCCCUACUAACUUUAAUAAAGAUUAAUUAAAGCAUGCAUGCGCAAAGAAAAAAUUAUAAAAAUGGUACUAAUUAACUAAACUGUUUUUUUUUUCUUUUUUUUUGUCACUUAACCUUUGCUCGUAUUGGGGUUAAUUUUUGUAUACGUCAUUCAAGGAAUACUAACAGUACACACUGUAUAACCCAACCAAAAAUCCUAAACCCAAUUACAAAAAAAAGGAGCAAUACACCAAACCAACAACAACAAACUAGAGGAUGGGUCUACCCAGGCAUUCCUAACGGAAUCCUCUAGUGGACUUAGCACAAAAAGGAAUGAGCUGGCCAAAUAGUCUACAGACUAAAGGCCAACAGCGCUAUCCUGAAUGAAGUAAGGAUAGCAGUAACGAAGAAGAAGAAGAAGCGUUCACAAUCAAACGGGAACAAACAGGGAUUUUAGCGUUUAUUCUUAUUCUAUGAUCUAUAAUGAUUUUUUGAAUGCAUAUUUUGUAAACAUAAUGUUACCUGGGAUUAAAAUGAAUUAAAACUAUUAAUUUUUCAUCAAAAUAACAUUUUUAUGAAAUAUAAAUAACAGUGUGUAAUAAUCCUCCAAUUCCAAUUGUUUGAUUCGUAAUACUUCCAAGUCGUUGCUUAAAAGCAUUUGGGAAAUUGAUUCAAAACACAUCAGCAAUUCAUUAAAAAAGUCGUCAAUUGAACAAAACUCCAUAACUUUUAAAUUACCUUUUUGAUUGAUUGUGAAACGCUAACGCUGCUUCGGGCAAUUGUGUAUCAGCACUAGUUGUCAAAC